GCCUCUCCCCACCCCCUCUCUUCAUGAUGAUUUCAGGCAGAGAGGAAUAAGCAGUAAACGAAAGUGAAAGUGUUGAAUGAUGAACAAACUGAUCGGGAGAGAGGCAGAAGAGAAGAUAAAAAGAACCGAGGACAAAAUAAUAUCUCUCACUUCUGGAUCAGAGCAAACACAUCAAGAUGCAGAGCCUCCAGGAUCAGAACAAUCUCAUCCCGAGGCCCCGGGGGAGGUUACCUAAGGUGUGUGCUGCGGUGCUGUCUGCCAUGACAAUAGGAGGCAUCCUGUUUAUGUCUCUUGAAAGUUUAUUUGGAUGGGUUGCCAUAGUGAUACUCAUCCUAACCCUCGGUUCUCUGCUGCACAGCCUCUGUCUGCUGGCAGAGGAGAUUGUGAACCAUUCAAAUACAAGACACCGAGGCCGAGGGCUGCUGAGCCAUGUGAUGCCAGCCUGUGGUUUGUGUGGGAAGACUCUUCUGGCUGCAGGGCUGGCAGGCCUUCUGCUCUACCUGGUUGGACAUCCCCUGCCGCACAAAAGCCAGAGCUGGAAACUCAUAUUUCUGGCCUCCAGCUUUUACCCCCUGUUGAAAAGCCUGGGAGUCCUGGGUCCGUCAGAAGUGGAAGUGUCAGAACUCUGCGAGGGGAGGAAGAUGAACGUGGCACACGGCCUGGCCUGGUCUUUCUACAUUGGCUACCUGCGCCUGGUGCUGCCACGUUUGAAGGACUCCAUCGCAGAAUUUUGUGCCACCCAUAGGGCUCGUAGGUGGGGGCGUGGCUCCAGGCUCAUCAUCCUCAUACCUCUCAACGCUAACAUUUCUCACAAACUGAAUGAAGAAGACGACAGGAUCCAUUUCUAUGACAACCUCCCCAACAAUGAGAUAGACAGGGCUGGAGUCCAGGGUCGGGUCUACAAGCACAGCGUCUACAGAGUACUCGAUGAACUUGGACAGGCCCAUGAGUGUGUGUUGGAGUAUGCAACGCCCCUGCUGACGCUGUACAGUAUGUCCCAGGAGAGCAGCGCAGGGUUCGGGGAGCCGGAACGCAGACAGCAGGUGCUGCUCUUUUUCAGGACGCUGCAGGACAUCCUGGAGCACUCGCUGGACUGCCGCAACCGCUACAAGCUCAUCCUGCUCAACGAUGAGCACGAGGCGGACCCCCACUUCCUGUCCAAAGCUAUCCUCAGAAACUUGGAGCAGCAGGAGAAAGAGGAGUACUGCCUCACCCCGACUCCUCAGCAGGAGAUGAACCCGUUCAGCAAAUCGAGUUCCCCCGCAAGUAACAUCAACGGCGCCCUCAACCGAUGGAUGCGCCUUUAGCAUUCGCCUAUAGGCCUACUGUCUAUGCCUGCAGGGGACCUCUCAGUUUGUACAGAAUAUGAAUAUAAAUACGAAUACGACAACCUCUCUCCUUAAACCCUCACAUCAGUCAAGGAGAAACUUCCAAAGAAACCCUUCAGUUAAUCGGGGAGAAAUUGAAGAAACACGGGGGAGAGGAACAGAGGAGUUCCGUCUGUCCUGUCUGUCCAUCCGUCUCCCAGGACGGACAGACGUGCAAUAGAUGUUGUGUAAAUUAAAAAGAUAAUACAUUUACAGCAAUUGUAGUCCAAAUGCUUGAAAAUGCAUGUGUCUAUAAAUAAGAACAUACAGAUGGAUCCAUGUGGAAGUCUGGCUCUGGGUGCCAUCAAAGUAGUAGUAGGGUUAUUCAAAAUGUCAUAGCGCUUACAAAAAGUGAAAGAUUUGCAAUCCAAACAAUUUUAAGUCAACAAUAAACAUAACCUGAAUACC